AUGGUCCCUACCACAGCUGCCUAUCAUGAACUGGAUUAUCUUAAACCCACUAAGUCAAAAGCUCAGGAUGUACUGGCCAUGAGGCAGACCCUGAAAAAGAAGGGAGCGUCAGUAAUUCAAGUGAAAAUCCGUGCGGGGCUGGCCAUGACUUUGGGAGUCGGGUGCCAGGCGGGAAGGGAUCUGUUCGGCUACAGGAGCAGAGCAACGCCGAAGUCAAAGGAACUUGUUUCUUUAAGCUCUUCUGGCAGUGAUUCUGACAGUGAAGUUGACCAAAAGUUAAAGAGGAAAAAGCAAGUUGCUCCAGAAAAACCUGUAAAGAAGCAAAAGACUGGUGAAACUUCAAGAGCCCUGUCAUCUUCUAAGCAGAGCAGCAGCAGCAGGGAUGACAACAUGUUUCAGAUUGGGAAAAUGAGGUAUGUCAGUGUUCGGGACUUUAAAGGGAAAGUCUUAAUUGAUACUAGAGAAUACUGGAUGGAUCCGGAAGGUGAAAUGAAACCAGGAAGGAAAGGUAUUUCUUUAAAUCCUGAGCAGUGGAGCCAGCUGAAGGAACAGAUUUCUGACAUGGAUGGUGCAGUAAGAAAACUGUAAAAUCAGAGCCAUGUAAAACCUGUAUUGUUCUAGUUGUUUUGAUCUGUCUUUUUACAUUGGCUUUUGUUUUCUAA